UCCACUGGAGCGUGUCCCCCGCGUCGGACAGAAUUUGCCUCAAGUGGAGUCGGAAAGGACGACCAUCUUCGAUCAGAGGAAGAGUCUCGUGUGUCGUCUGCUACAUCUAGUAUUCCCUUGUCUCGGCAACAUGGCGAGUUUUGCCCACACUACGACUGGCAAUGCCUCCACCAGUACUAUCAAUGGGGACUCAGACGCCAGCUCAAGCAGUGUGCGCUUCCCUGCGCCGCCGAAGGAUGUCCUCUCGAUCUUACGUACCUUCCUCGAGACACAGCAGAGGAGGGUCGGGCUGUGGAACGAAUACGAAGAAGCCAUGGAGGGUCAUCUGAGGGCUGUCAAGGCCGAAAAAGAUCAAGCCACAUCGGGAGCGAAUGGAGCACCCACAAGAGGGCCGCUGACCAAUGGACACAUUGAGAGCACUGCGACCAGCUCGACAGAACAUCAUAGCGAAUCUCACGCCCACGGCUCGAGCCACUACGACUCGACACCACUUCCUCUGUCAGACCCUGCCCUACUCGCAAGAAUCAUUUCCCUAGUGACCUCGGGUCUCCUAGAUUGUGCGCACGAGACACGGACCAUUGCUCUAGAGCUCGGCUCUCCUUCCAGCGCGGCAGAAGGAACAGCCGCCUCUCCUACACCACCAUCAAGCAACGCCGCGGCAUCUGCGCCUUUUGAGCCACGCCCGGAUUUGGCGCGGACCAUUGGCAAGAUCCAAGACCUUGAGAAUAGCGUCUUGAGGAAAAUCGUGCGCAGGGACCAGCUGAGAAGAGGAUGGGUAGCCCCUCCGGCCGCGGGCGAGGACGCCACUACGGACUCGGCGGCUUCUCAGGGCAAGGAGGAAGAGGAAGCAGAGGUGAAGGAGCUGGAUGCUGAUAUCGAGCGACUGAGGAAAGAGGACAUUGCGGAGCUGAUGACGGAGGUCAGGGGAGAGAUGGCCGACCUGCAAUUAGGCGGGUGAGAGAGUGUGGUAGGCGACACGCUCAGCAAACGGCAAUACUAUCAGAUGGAACGAAGUAGCAGAACGAAUAACAAAGGACAGAUACGACAAUGGAUCCUCGUAUGAACAGCGCU